CUAAAACAACAAAGAAAACGUCGUAGUUUUAUACCGUUUUAAAUCGACAUUAUAUCUUCUCCAUAACCAUGGAAAAGACGGUUUUCCGACGUCAAAAGCAAAUGAAGGCAGCGUCAGAGCACUGUAGUGUCCCGCUGUGCUCUGUGUCUUCACGCUACAACUCCUGUGCUAGUUUUCAUUCCUUUCCGGUGAAGGAAGAGAUCAGGAAAAAAUGCAUUGUAAACAUUAGAAGGAUCAACUUCCAAAUCACGAAACACACAAAGGUAUGCCGUGUACAUUUCAAACCAGAUGAUUUUGUGGAAGGAACAAGUAGGAGGUGUCUGAAAAAAGGGGCUGUCCCUUCAGUAUUUGAGUGGAACCGUGAACGCCAAAUGCAGCCGCCGAGGUUAAGUGUUUGGGAACGACAAGAGCGACCACCGCUACCGGAAUCAGAUAUGGAGGAAAACGAAAUGGAAAUUGAUCGUGGACAUACAGUCGGUCAUGAUUAUUGUUCAGUUCCGGAGCCUGCAGCUCUGGACUUAUCACUAUGUGAAAAUGAGGAGUUGAAGAGAGAGAUAGAAGAUCUGCGGAAACAGCUGGAGCAGGCCAAGGUGAAUAGCCGCUUUGGCCUCCAGAGAUUCGCGGGGUCUGAUGAGGAUAUUCGCUUUUACACAAGAUUUGCAACCUAUAAGCACAUGAUGGCCUUCUGGGAACAGAUUGAACCUUCAACACACAGGAUGAUUCGUGUCACCAGCUCCAAAGUCACCAGGGAGACUGGGCUAUAUGUGAAGACUCGGGCACUUCCUGCAAUUGAUGAAUUCUUCCUCUUCAUGAUGCACCUUGCUUUGGGCCUCAAGCAGAAAGACCUGGUUCCAUGUAAUUUGGUUGUUUGGUUGCCGAAAGAAAGAGUACGAGCCUAUCUGCCAGAGGAAUUUGAGAAUUUCCGAGACACCCAGGUUAUCCUGGACUGUACUGAGCUCCGCUGCCAAACGCCUUCGUCUCUGCUAUUACAGAGUGAGGUCUUUUCCAACUACAAAUCUCACUGCACCUUCAAGGCUUUGAUAGGAAUGGCACCUCAUGGUGCAGUAACUUUUGUCUCUGGACUGUAUGCGGGGUCAAUCAGUGACCGGGAGCUGUUCAAGCAAUCAGGGAUCAUUGACGUCCUUACCCCUGACAUGGCCAUAAUGGUGGACAAGGGUUUCUUAAUUGAUAACCUGGUACCAUGCAAAAUCCACAGGCCUGCUUUUGUGACCAAGGGCACACAAAUGUCUGCCGGAGAGGUGAUACACACUCAGUCUGUGGCCAGGCUCAGGGUGCAUGUUGAACGCCUGAUCCGGCGGGUGAAGGAACAUAAGUUGUUUGACGCAGUCAUCCCCUUGUCCAUUUCUGGUAGCAUUAAUCAACUGUUUGCCGUGUCAUGUCUUCUCAUUAACUAUCAGAAUGGACCACUUGUCAAGGCAUGGGCCCAGUGA